AAAAAAAAGAAAAGAAAAGAAAACUCCUCGAUCGCUGCCCAAUGCGCUAAAAUGCGCCGCUGCUGAAAACUCCACUCACUGUGUGCUUAGACUCCUCUCCCAUGGCGCCUCUUGGACCAGCGGCAUUGCUCGGUUUACUGCUGCUACCGGCGGUUGUUUUCGGUGUGCGACUCUCUUCGACGCCGGCUGCUACAGAUUGCCCAUUGAACUUGAGUGGGUCAAAUUUUUCUCUGGCUGCUUCCCUUUGCUCCGACCAAGAGGAUAGAGGAAUGUGUUGUCGUUAUAUUAAUGCCUUGAUAGCAAUUUCCAUUUCCCGGUAUGCAAACACAACAAGCAAUCUCGGGGUAUCUCCAUAUUUAUCUGAUACCUGCCUCCAGACAAUAUCCAAAACUUUCAAGCUAUACGGAGUGAGACAGAAUGCAUCGGUUUUCUGUGGGUUCGGGACAAAAAUACCUAUGAACUAUGACUGCCAGGGCCGGACGACCGUUACACAGAUGCUUCAAUCUCCAAAGUUCAGUGAUGUUGCUGAAAAUUGCAAGGCGCCUCUUUCGGCCGAUAAAGCCUGUCGAAAAUGCUUGAAUGCUGGCAUUCUUUAUCUCCGAAAUCUACUGGGGCCAGUGGACAAUGUGACGUUGAGCACAUGUAGGGAUGCAACUUUUGCUGCCAUUGCCAGCCAAGUUGAUUACUCGUCGACUAUUGACAUCGCUGGCUGUUUUUUUGGGGUUCAGGGUCUUAUAACUUUAACAGGUUCUUCCUCAAAUUCAACUGAAUUAUCUGCCAGUCCACCAGUUGCUGCUAGUCCAACUCAGCUUUCCUUAAUCUCGACUGCGAAGGAAAAUCGCCAACACUACCACCUCACAGUGGUCCCAGGCAUUGGUAUUGCAGUUACAGCACUUGCUAUCACAAUGGUUGCUGUAUUAGUUGUCCUCAUUCGGAGGAAAAGCCGAGAGCUGGUGGAUGACUCCGAUUUAAAUGAUGAGACAUCCCCAAAGGCCAUUGCUCUUCAAUCUAGAAAGCUUCAGGAUGGUCCCCCCUGUAUGUUCAGAAAAUUCAGCUACAGAGAGACAAAGAAAGCUACAAAUAACUUUAGCACUGUUAUUGGACAAGGGGGAUUUGGAGUUGUAUACAAGGGUGAGUUUCAAGAUGGUUUAGUUGCAGCAGUUAAGAGGAUGAGUAAAGUUUCAGAGCAGGCAAAUGAUGAAUUUUGCAGGGAAUUAGAGCUUCUUGCUCGACUACAUCAUCGCCAUCUUGUUGCUCUCAGAGGCUUCUGUAUGGAAAGGCGUGAGAGGUUUCUAAUGUAUGAAUUUAUGGCGAAUGGAAGCUUAAAGGAUCAUCUCCACACACAAGGGAGAAGUCCUCUCAGCUGGCGUGCAAGAAUCCAAAUUGCCAUUGAUGUAGCAAAUGCACUGGAAUACCUCCAUUUUUACUGUGAUCCUCCUUUGUGCCAUAGAGAUAUCAAAUCGAGCAAUAUACUACUAGACGAAAACUUUGUGGCUAAGGUUGCUGAUUUUGGCCUUGUGCACGCGUCAAAAGAUGGUUCCAUUUGCUUCGAACCCGUAAACACAGAUAUACGAGGGACUCCAGGUUAUCUGGACCCAGAGUACGUGAUGACGAACGAGCUGACCGAAAAGAGUGACGUGUACAGCUACGGGGUCGUUUUGCUGGAGCUUGUCACGGGUAAACGGGCCGUACAAGACAACAAGAACCUAGUCGAGUGGGCCCAGGCCUACUUCACACCAGAGUCGAGGAUAACCGAGCUUGCUGACCCCUACCUUGGGGACUCGUUCGAAUUUGACCAGCUUCAAACCGUCUUAACGCUCGUUAGAUGGUGCACGCAGAGAGAAGGCAGGUCCAGGCCUUCAAUAAAACAGGUGUUGAGGCUUUUGUAUGAGAGCUUCGACCCGUUGCACAGUGGGUUUGUGGAGGCCGUGGAAGAUGAAGAGUUCGAAGAGAAUGAGAGUCGGGGAACGAAGAACAGGGGUAAAAAUGUCUUUUUUUUGGCGAACUCCUCGUCGAGCACAACUCGAUCGAAUUGUAGUAGAAGUUUUUUGCUGGAGAUGGGGUCUCCUCAGUCGCCUCAUAACACACCGUCUCUUUAGAAUUUAGCCGUAUAUUGGAGUGGUUUGUGGUGUGGUUAUUGUUGAGUGAGCUUGUUUGACUCUUAAAGUGUAGAAAAGGGGACUUCUUUAAGUUCGUUCAUAUUUCCACUGAUUAAGAAGGGAGAAAGUUCUUCAAAUCUUUUUGAUUUCACUCCGUAGUUCUUAUUGCUUCAGUCUUUCAGAUGUAUGUCCUGGCAUAACAUUCAUUUUUUUGUUAACCAAAGAAUGAAUGCGAUUGAGAUA